AAAUCGCACUGGUCCCGUGGGCGGUGCGUUCGUGGGAGCAAAGAAGGUUCUUCGGAAAUAGAGAAGAGCGGAACAGUGGGUAGAAGUCGUAUGGAAGAAGGACAAGGACAACUGGGAGGACCACACGACCGGCAAAACACCCAUCAACUACAUCAACAAGAGAACCCUGUCGGCACGCAGGACGGGCCGAGGAACAAAGCGGUUGAAGCCUUUCAAGACCUGGCUAACGCCGCGGCUUCGCUGGACCGCGUAGUACACACACUCUACCGGGUCGAGGAGGUUGUGGAUGAAACUGCUGGUAUAACAGGCGAGAGUACUAGCAGGACUACUUCUGCUAUUCUUGGGGCUGCUGGAGGAACGAGUCGUGAAGUAGCUGCAGCGGCGAACGACGGUGUAGUUCCUAGUACUCGGGAUCCAUCUUUACGACUUCGUGAAGCUGAAGCCCUUCGUCAUCAGCAGUCGCCCGACCAUCAUCUCCCCAGUGGCUUUGGUUUAGCAAGGUCCUCCUCGUCGUCUUCAUCUUCCCGCCCCUCAGCGCAGAUGAGAAAUGCGAAUGGGUUACGAGAUACUGGCGUCUUUAUUCCGGAAAAACGGAAAAAGGUCGCUGCCGGCUGGAUCUACGAUUUUGUGAAGCUGGAGCACGAAAAGCACACAUUGGCGCAGGAGAUAGUCACCACUUUCGGAGGAGUAGAAAACUCAUCUUCACAGGUAGAAGAAGCUCCUGAAGCUGCGCAUCAAAGGAACAAAGACAAAAGCGAACUCUUGCGACAGAUGAAGAAGAAACUCGCGCACCUGCAGCUCCAAGCUGACGCGGCCAUGCGGGCGGCCGCAGAUUUGCUGAUGCAGUACGUGAAUCACCGGGCGGCCUGGGUCCAUACGAGCUGCUUCCGCGAUCGUGGAGGUUUUGAUGACGGUAUCGCUAUCGUAGUAAAAACUUUGGAUCUACCUCCCUUCCUCGAAUGGUACAAGAUAGGGUGAUAUGUGUUGCUGAUUUAUGUGUACAAGUUGAAGUCUUGUCUUUGUCAUCUUGAUCUUCUUCAACAUGCCUCUGUCUUGCAUAAACACAACUGCUGCGGAGGCAAAAGCGGUGCCAGGUACUUAAAGUCAUUAUUCUGCGACUCAGGCAAUCUGUAUUUGCAGCGUUCUAACCGCAAUACAGCAGAGACGUCUGGCUUGCUGGGGGGCUAGCCGUGCACAUAGAUACUUGUUUAGCCAGACCUUAUGCCUCCAGUACUUGCCUUGUCUGCAAAGACAAGGCCACUUUGUGUAUGUAUCCAGACGUCCAGCAUGAGAAAUUUCCUUUUGAACAUAGGGAUCAACAGGGGGGAGGUCCUUCCAUUUCCAUAAACAACGAAUUUCUAUUUCUCUCGGACGAUAUGGAAAUUCAUUUCUCCUCGAUGUCGGAGUCGGAGCAGGUCGAGAGACUUUAUCCACUCUUGCACGAGCUGGUAUCCAAGCUGGGGAAGAAAGGCGCAACAACCUUCGCACCUACUGGGCGGCAGCGUGCUGUUGGCCAUGCAGUUCCAUUUGACGGCGGCCCAGGCGCCGGGGGGCAGCGGCUACGGCAAGGACAACAGCACGACCAGCGGAUUAUCGCUCCUGCUGCCCCAGCAGGUGCAGCACAACCUCCAGACGUUUUUCGGCCUGCUGCACGUGAAAGACAAGCCGGCGCGCAGCAAGAAGAUCUAGUAGAACCACCUGUCGGCGGGUUAGGGUUUUUGAACGCCGCUCCUGACCGCGCGGAUGGACCAAGAACGGCCAGGCCGGAGGACAUGGUGGUGCGUGUAAUCGUAGGGACGAGGGGUGGGAGAGAACAAGCACAACCUGACCCCCUGCUGGCGCGGGGCGGUGGCGUGGAGGCGCACGAGAUAACGUUGCACCGAACUUUCUCGCAGGCAGACGCGGACGAAGAGGCGGAAGACUUCGAGAACCAUUCUCUAUCCAUGCGACCGAUCGCGUUUUCCACCUUCCUCGCCGAGCACCUGCUGCCCCGGCUGCUUGCGAGAAUGGAAAAAGUGUUGCUAUUGCAGAAAGGUGGAACAACGAGGCCCCGCAGGAACGAACGUGGGGUGGCCGACUGGUGCCAUCGUGGUGACCGUCUUGGUGGUGACACAAACGGGAGCGCAGCUUCGGCGUCGGCUUCGGCCGCCACUAGUUGUACUUCUGCUGACCAUCUAAUUCUUGCCGUGCGAUACGUGUUUCGCUCGGUUUUGCACGCACUAAGCUGGGCGGACGCGCGGUUGUCACAUAAUCAACCUCCACAAGAAGAGCAGCGACACGGUGAUGGACGUCCAAUGUUCUCCACAUCAACGAGUAACAUUUUAGAAAAAGCCACCAAAUUUCGCAAUGGUGCCAUGCGGGCGCUUUUUUCUGUGAGUCGUGCCUCCAGUUGUGUUUUCGAAGACAAGCACGGGGACGGCAGCAGGGCCGCUGCAGGCGCUCACGCAUCUUCAGACAGUGCUUCUAAAUGUGGCGGCCGAGGUAGUGCUUUUCAUCUUGAUGAUCUCGCUUUGUACGGCCCCCGACGCCCAGCGGGUCCUGUAGCUGAAGAACAAAUGAACAACAACCUAGCAGCCUUUCCCGUCGUGCGCCUGCUUCGCCAGAUUCUCGCCCCAGAGCACACGGCGCAUUUUCGACCGCACGCGAGCGGACACUCCUUGCAGCGAGACCAACGCCUGGUGUUCACGUUUCUGACCACCGCGCUUUUGAAGUAUGUCGUCAGCGAACUACCGAAGGGUACAGGGACGACGGUACGUGUUGGAGAGGACGCUCUUGUGGACCCGGAAAGUAGCAGGACGAGCGCUGGUUUCCCAUCCGCCCACCGUGCAGCUGUCCUUUUGUUUCUGGAAGAAUUCUACAACCUUUCUGACUCCGACUCCGUAGAGGUAAGCGGCGGCAGCAGCAGUCCCGUGGGCUUCAUCGAGGCGGCGCUUGGUCGUCGCGGCAAUUCGAAUCUCCCUCUUUUAUUCUCCGCUAUCUUGCGCCGAGAACUGGGUCCGACGCUGGCCCGCGCGAACUGAAUGUUGACUGGGGGUCUGGAUUAACUGAGAGGUUGCUGCGCGUGAAGCAAGGAGUUGUUUACUAUCUUCUAACUAAGUAAGAUCCACCACCACGUAGUACUGCUACAAAAAAGAAAACAGUGCGACGGGAAGGAGCCUACCAAACCCGAUUGACCGUACACCUCUGCUGUUUGCAAAAAUCCCAGAUAAUAGAUUGUCCAGUAUGUUUUUCCUUCGAUCAUGAACUUGUUGACAAUGGCAAGAAAUACCUGGGCAUCUUCAUCGUCAUCACGAAAAAAUACCGUGACAUCAUGGUUUUCCGGGGCCUAAGAAAGUAGUAAUUCAAAAACAAUUUUUCUAGAAGUCUGUGCUUGUAGCACUUAAUCGUGUGACAUACGCCGGUUUGCCUAUGCUUCAUGAUUUAUGGUCGUGUCCGGCGGCCGCAAAAAAGGCGAAGGUGGGCUGAGCUUGUUUGUCAUUGUGAACUCGUAAAGAUUCACUCACAGAUUUCGAUUUAUUUUUAAGCUUUUUGCCACAUCAUUGAUAUAGAACUUUUCUAGCGUGGAGUGCCAUCCUGGCAGCGGAUUCCUGCCAGUCAAGUGUUGUACUCUUUCCCAUUGAAAAUCACAUGACUCGAACUUCUUUUUUGUCUUUCUGUACAGUUUAUUUGGUGAUGGUGUAUUACACCUUUGUCGGUGGUCGCGAUCUAGUGGCCGCCACCUCUAGACGCGAUUCAUAGAAAUAAAGCAAAGGACAAAUAUGAAAAAGCGUGGGAAUGAUUUGAGUUUCAUCAUCGUGAUUUUAUCAUAAAUACUAAUACUUACCAUUGGCAGCUAUUUUAUUUACAUUCGUUGUUUCGCUUUCUUGAACAUAAGUAUUGAUAAAGCUCGCAAGUCCAAAGUCACUCUUGAAUUUGAAGAUGUUGCUGGUGCUUGCGCAUCAUGUAUCACAGUGACUUUUUAAUUGUAUACCGUUACACAAUCUUCAUACUAC